AUGAUGAAAAGAAUAAGAUUUCCUUGGUCCGAUGAGGAGGCUUCCUAUUCCAAUCUCAACAAUUCUCCUAGCUUGAGAAAUAAAAAGAGUGGUAAUAAUUACACCCGCUCCAAAUAUUAUUACACUUUUACGAGAUUUGACUUAAUCAAUUCAAUCUUACUAUCGGUGAUGCUAUUUUUGUUAGCUAUCCUCAUUACUGCAUUAUAUUUCACAAGGAACUCUAGGCAGUCGAUUUCGCAUGCUUCGAGAGCCAUUCUGUUUAAUCCUCUAGGAGUUAUAUCACAGUCACUUGGAAAUCAUACAUUGAACUAUGACCCAGAAGCCAGAGAGUCCUCCAAAAAGUUGUACGAACUUCUUUCCGAUUUCAAUACGGCAUACUAUGAUGACGAUAACAUGAUUUUAGGUACCAACCUGUUUUCGCAGAAUACAUAUUCGAGACAGCCGUAUGUUGCUAACGGUUAUAUAGGUAGCCGGAUUCCCAAUAUUGGGUUUGGGUACGCAUUAGACACUCUAAACUUUUAUACAGAUGCUCCAGGCGCUUUGGAUAACGGUUGGCCCUUGAGAAAUCACAGGUAUGCUGGUGCGUUUGUAUCAGACUUUUACUGUCUAGAAGCAAAAUUAAACUCCACAAACUUCCCCGAAUUGGAUGACGUGGGAUACUCCUCCGUCAUUUCCUCUAUUCCUCAAUGGACCAAUCUACAGUUCUCCUUAGUGAAUACUUCUCAAUGGUUCAACCCGCAAAAUGUUACAUUGGAUGACGUAACUAACUAUAGUCAAAAUUUGUCAAUGAAGGAUGGUAUUGUAACCACAGAGCUAGACUGGUUAGAUAGCCAAAUACACGUCAAAAGCGAAAUUUGGGCACAUAGAAAUAUCCAUCCGUUAGGAGUGGUUUCUUUGGAAGUUUCUUUAAAUAUGGACCACUUACCUGCUGAUUUUGAUUCAUUAGAGAUCAAUAUAUGGGACAUACUCGAUUUCGACUCAUCCCACAGAACAGUUCUACAGGAGUUGGGAACAGAUGAAAAAAACAACGCUGUUUUCAUGGUUGUUCAGCCAGACAAUGUGCCAUCCUCUAAUUGUGCCAUUUAUUCUGCGUGUACUGUGAAGUUUGAAAAUUCUACAGAGUCAAUCAAUGCUGGCCAAUCAUUUGAAGAUAACGACAGCCAUACAUCAUCAAAUGUCUAUCAUGUUAUAUUAACAGAGGAUCAACCCAAAAUAAUCGUUCAUAAAUAUGUCGGUAUAAUGUCUAGUGAAUUCAACAGGAACAAAGAGCAGCAAAACGAUACUAACGUUGACCUUGCUAAAAUGAUAGCACUCAACAGCAAAGGCAAUUACCAACAGCUUCUGUCAAGUCACAAGCGUGCGUGGUAUGACCUUUAUAAUGAUGCAUUUAUUGAGAUUCCUUCUGACAGUCUUCUGGAAAUGACUGCGAGGUCUUCCCUGUUCCACCUGCUAGCAAACACAAGGAACUACAAUGUUUCAAGCGAUAGAGGACUGCCAGUGGGGGUGUCUGGCUUAUCUUCAGAUUCUUAUGGUGGUAUGGUGUUUUGGGAUGCAGAUAUAUGGAUGCAACCAGCCCUAUUGCCCUUUUUUCCCAAUGUCGCUCAAAAUAUGAACAAUUACAGAAAUUCCACUCAUGCCCAGGCAAUUUUGAACGCAGAGCAAUAUGGUUAUCCGGGAGCUAUAUAUCCUUGGACAUCUGGGAAAUUUGCUAAUUGUACUUCGACGGGGCCCUGCGUUGAUUACGAAUAUCAUAUCAAUGUCGAUGUUGCAAUGGCUUCCUUUUCGAUAUAUCUGAAUGGCCAUGAGGGAAUUGACGACGAGUAUUUGAGAUAUACUACGUGGCCAAUUAUCAAGAAUGCAGCUCAAUUUUUCACUGCCUACGUCAAAUACAAUUCUUCUUUGGGGAUGUAUGAAACAUACAACUUAACAGACCCUGAUGAGUUUGCAAAUCACGUAAAUAAUGGUGCGUUCACUAACGCUGGAAUUAAAACGCUUUUGAAGUGGGCAACAGACGUUGGCAACCAUCUUGGCGAGGUCAUUGAUCCCAAAUGGAGCGAAAUUUCUAAAGAUAUAUACAUCCCAAGAUCUUCGUCUAAUAUUACUUUAGAAUACUCUGGAAUGAAUAGUUCAGUGGAGAUUAAACAGGCAGAUGUGACCUUAAUGGUUUAUCCACUCGGGUAUAUCAAUGAUGAAUCGAUCCUGAACAAUGCAAUCAAAGAUCUUUAUUACUACUCGGAAAGGCAAUCUGCAUCCGGACCCGCAAUGACGUAUCCUGUUUUUGCUGCUGCUGCUGCCAGUCUACUGAAUCAUGGCUCUUCCUCUCAGAGCUAUUUGUACAAGUCGGUCCUUCCAUAUUUAAGGGCUCCGUUUGCUCAAUUUAGUGAGCAAUCCGACGACAACUUCUUAACCAAUGGGUUAACUCAGCCAGCUUUCCCCUUUUUGACAGCCAAUGGUGGAUUCCUACAAAGCAUCUUGUUUGGGCUAACAGGUAUCAGAUACUCUUAUGAAGUGGAUCCUGACACUAAGAAAAUUAACCGUUUGUUAAGGUUCAAUCCCAUAGAGUUACCCUUGCUGCCUGGAGGUAUUGCUAUUAGAAAUUUCAAGUACAUGAAUCAAGUCCUUGAUAUUAUAAUUGAUGAUCAUAAUGGCACAAUUGUUCAUAAAUCAGGGGAUGUUCCGAUACAUAUAAAGAUACCUAACAGAUCUUUAAUACACGACCAGGACAUCAACUUUUAUAAUGGUUCUGAAAGUACAAAAAAGGCAAAGUUAGAGCGUCGAGGGCUCGACCGUGUUGGUGAACCAAUGCGGAUGGAUCGCUAUGGUACCUAUUAUAUUUUAAACCCAAAUCAAGAGCUCACGGUUCAGUUAUUUAAACCUGGUUUAAAUGCAGAAAAUAACAUAGCAGAAAAUAAACAAGUAACAAAUUUAACAGCAGGCGUUCCUGGUGACGUUGCAUUUUCUGCUUUGGAUGGGAAUAACUACACACAUUGGCAGCCAUUAGAGAAAACUCAACGCGCUAAGCUAUUGAUCGAUUUAGGUGAAUAUAAGGAGAAAGAGAUUACCAAGGGAAUGAUUCUUUGGGGCCAACGGCCCGCAAGAAAUAUUUCGAUUUCUAUCUUGCCUCAUUCCGAAAAAAUUGAAAACAUUUUUGCUAAUGUGACAGAAAUUAUGCAAAACCCGGGGAAUAACCAAAUUCUUAAUCAAACAAUUGGCCAACUUCUAGAUGAUGCUGGAGUACCGGUCGAAAAUGUUAUUGAUUUGAGCGACAUUGAACCGGAGGAUGAAGAAUCUUUUGGUGAAGUUCAAGCCUUAUUACAUUGGAAGAAAGAGGACUUGGCGAAGCUAAUCGAGCAGAUACCUAGACUAAACUUUUUGAAAAGAAAAUUUGUCAAAAUUCUUGAUAACAUGCCUGUGAACCCAAGUGAGCCAUAUUACGAAUCAAGUCGUAACCAAUCGCUGAUUGAGAUAUUGCCCAGUAAUAGAACAACUUUUACUAUUGAUUACGAUAGGUUACAAGUGGGCGAUAAAGGAAAUACAGAGUGGAGGAAGGCCAGAUAUAUAGUUGUGGCAGUACAAGGAGUGUACGAUGACGAUGAUGAUAGCAAGGGAGCUACGAUCAAGGAAAUCGUGCUCAACAGUUGA